AGGUUCAUGUUAUUGCUGAGUCUUGACAGAUUCAGACAAUGGCAAGCAGCAGCAAAUACAAUUUAAAGUGGAAUUCCCACCAUGUGGAGACCUUCAACAGCUUCGAUACACUCAGAAGCAGGGAGACGCUAGUAGACGUUACGCUGUCAUGUGAAGGACAGUCCCUUAAAGCCCACAAGCUGGUUCUGUGUGCAGGGUCGGGUUAUUUUGAGCGAGUGCUGCAACGUGAUAGUAAUCACAACCCUGUGAUAUACUUCUUUGGAGUGGAUGCCCAUCUCCUGAAGUUUCUAGUUGAUUUUAUGUAUGUGGGAGAGGUGGACAUCCCAUCAGUGGACUUGGAGAGGUUUAUCCAGCUGGCUGAAGCCCUGGAAGUGAAGGGACUAAAGGGAGACCGCUCUAAGACAUCAUCUUAUAAUACUAGUGCUUUGGCAUCAGCUGCGACCACCAUUCCCGUUUCUGACGUCCAGGAUGCCCUUGCUCACAAGCGCAAGGCUACUGCCUGGCAGUCCUAUGAUGAUGAACCCCAGUAUGCUAAAACCCCUCGGCGUAGCUUGCAUACUACACCGAGUCUGAUCUCUCAGGGAAAUGGUCCCUCUCCAAGGGUGAUACCUCGGAGUGCAUCUGGGAGUGUAUCAAGUGCUAGUAGUUCCACAUCUGGUCCAAGUGCAUCUACCAAAGAGGAGCCUGUGAUCAAAGACGAAGUUGUAGAUAUUGCUGAGGAAGAACCUGAUGAAGGUGAAGAGCAGGAGCAGUUGGAUGAGCAGGAGGAAUGGGAUGAAGAGUCACAUGCAUCCUACUACGCUGAGGCAGAGGGUGAAGGGGCUCCCCCAAACAACCAGGACAUGCCUCAGAAUAUCCCUCCUGAAAUCAAUCCUUCUACGAUCAUUGCCAUCAAUCAAUAUGUAUGGAGCGGGUAUACUCCCGAGAACCUGAAAAUAUGGUUCUGCAGUGUGUGUGCUUACAAGAGUGCCAGCAAGAACUCUGUGUCUCUACACGCCCGUGUACAUUCUGGAGAAAAGCCAUUUCAGUGUGAUGCGUGUGGACACUACUUCCGGCAGAAGAUUCAUCUCCAGAGACAUCAAACGGUCGAGGCCGAGGGGCUGUUUCUGCGCUGUGGGAAGAUGUGGGCCAACAACAAACGCCUGUCUUUUUGUGGGAUCUGUGGGUAUUGCUCAAUAAACAAGACAAAUGUGAUCAAUCACACCCUGACUCACACCGGGGAACAGCCAUAUGCGUGUCGUACUUGUGGAAUGCGGUUCUCGCGCAAGUCGAGUCUCAAUCGCCACAGUGUCCGUCAGCACUGA